AUGAAUUGAAUCGGGAUGGCGUUUUUCACCGGGGAACUGAACUGAUGUAUGAAGUGAUUGGUAACGAUGAUAGCACGUGUAGUGCAUGGGUUAAACACAGCGAUUAUUUCUUCAGGCGGAUUCUGUACUGUGCCUUGUAGCUUUGUGCGUGUUAGACGGUUGCUGGGGUUCAUGUCAGACCUUUCAUCACUCUAUCCACGGCCCGUGUUACUCCACGUCUCAUUUGCUCGAGAGAUAUGAGUCCAUGCUAUGUAUUUCCGCAGCCUCUGGCUCGCUUAUUUACGAGCUGCCUUCCUCCUCUGCUACAUAAUCGUGACCUCCUCCUCUCAUCCUCAUCCUCUCACUUUGUCUCUUCUCCCUGCUUCCUUCUUCAUCUCGUUUCCGUGUGUCUUUCCUUCCAUUUCAUUCUUAUUGAGAAUCUCUCUCUCUCUCUCUCUCUCUCUCUCUUUUACUCUACCUCUUACUCUCCCAACCCUGUAUCCCAAUUUCUCUUGUCUAACAUGGCGUGCAGGUUGCGCAUUAACCCCCAAAUGUCCGCAGAACACUUCCACACAACCCACUCGUGUGACCCUGCAAACACCCAUGGCAUCUACUGAGGGACGCGCAAUGUCGAAGCAGCAUUCCAGAUCAACUCGAGAGUCACAAACUAGUGUUAUGCUACUGCCACUUGCCAGUACUCCCAAUCCGAAUGGGCUCCUCAAACCUUGUCCUUUUUUUGACUCGUCCCGCUAUCCCUGCUCGCAGGUUGGGUGUUUUGUCUCCUUUCGAUGGGGAUUUUCGUGCAUUUCAAUGAGCGGGUGUUGACCGGGUCGAAUCAUAGAUCAAUCUCUCCUUCGCGAGGGAGGGCAAGUGUUGGAAAUCCUGGGAACAAAAGACCCUCUGAUUUGGUGAUUUGUC